GUUGUUAGACCGACGUUGGACCGGUUAUCUCCAGAUGUAGUCGGUACUCGGAUAAGGGCAGUAUCGUGAAUUCUUCCGGACACAAAAGUUAUCUCGAUAAUUGUUGAUCCACACGUUGACGUUUUGACAUAUCAAUGAAAGAAUAAAAAUGCCGAAUUACGUGUACUCGUUAGCCGAAAAAAUACAGAUGGUGUUGCAGCGUGAGCAGGGAUUGAGCUACAGGAGCAUUACGGAUCAUUUUGCGGCAACGUAUCCUAGCAGGCCGAUACCGUCUUCGACAACGGUGAGAAACGUGAUAAAAAAAUUUCGCGAGACGGGUAACCUCAAUGGAAAAUUAGUAAAAGUGAUCCAGCCAUUGAAGCGACUAAAGGAUGAAGUGAAGCUGGACAUCUGUCUCAAAGUCGUCGAAGACCCGAGCAAACCCAUCUCUCACAUCGCUGAAGAAAUUGGUGUCGCCAAGUCUACGGCGCGAAGGGUUCUCCAACAAACUAAGAUGGGGCCGUACGAGCGUCGGAAAGGCGGUAGAAAAAAGAAAGAACCCCAUAAGUCUGAAGAUGAGGAAAAGAUGGAAAUCGCUGUCGAGCCUGAACUGCUGAUUUUGAAAGUCGAACCACUGUUCAUUGAUGAAAGCGAACCGUUUUCCACAACAGACAUCCAAAUGCCUGGAGUGAAAGUCGAACCACUUCCUCCCUCUGAGGAAAUCGACCCCUUGUUUGUAGCUAACAGUGAGCUAUGUGACGUUAAAAGUGAACCUUCUUCACCCGAAUCGUGGUGAACAUGCUGAUUGCAAAGGUCUUCGUUGAAGGAUUCAUUUCGAUCAAUUUUUGGUACUGAUAACUUGUAUGGGAUACAUUGGACACUCUGUGGCUGAACUGAUGCCCGAGAAAAUCUGUUUAUUGCUUUUAUUUCUUUUUAUUACUCAUUGGUAACUUAGGUUAGGGGAAAGUCGCAGCUGAUAUUUCCCGCUGAAAAUAUUACUGGUGGAAUUCGUUAGCUGGUUGUCCCCCUUUUGGCAAUAUAUGAAUUAACCUGAGCAUGAGAAUUGUACGACAGAGGUGCUCUAAUUGAGAUUGAAUGACCAUUCGUCAUCCCAUGAAAGAAAUGACGAAUCUUACCAAGUACGAAAUUUCCUCAAAUCACCGAGUGACUGGAAAAAGGUCAGGAAGCUUGUUGCCUUUCCAAUUUCCUUGGCCACAUGGAAACUGGAUAGUAAAUCAUCCUGUGCUUUGAGACAACAAAGUCAUUCAUUCACCAGAAAGAACAAACAUUUCGGGAGUGCAUUGAGCAAAGCGGUGGUAACUGUGUCGGCUAGAAAAGUUGACAAAGCCCAGUUGCAGAAUGUGGCAAUCAUGUAUGAUAAAUUCCAAGUAGUUGAAGGAUGGAACUGUGGACUAUUUUUUAUCAAACUAGCAGAGCAGGAAAUAUGUUUAUUUUUGAUAUGUAAUCCGUUAUUUGUCCUUCUGCUAAGCUGCUUCGAUGAAAACUCUUGUCUAGUAUCAGCGAAACUGAAGCUGUGGCAAAAACGAUGAUGAAAACUGACUAAAAUCUGUUAAUAAAGAUUGUGACGGUAAGCAGCGAACUUUUUUCCCGACAACCCGUUUUCCACUUUCAUUCAGUUCGAACAGUGACCGAAGCGGGCCUCGAAAUGUUCGGAGAGUGCCGCAUCUGGGUCUUUAUUAAUCUAUGGUCAAAGCUGCCAAACGCACGUGUGCGGCGUGGAUAUUUUGAAGUCCCAGGAUGAUCGUUUCUUGCGCGCUAUUAUUUUGCACAAUGAGUGAAAAUACUAUUUGAAACAAGAACGUGACUAACAAAAAUCCGUAACGGGUGGUAUAUUUCAGUAUGACGACAAACGGCUAUGACCGAAAAUUCAAAAAUCGUGUCAGAAAAUUGCUGACCAAUAAAAUAGGUGAAAUAUCGAAGGCCCGUUCCAAAAAACAAAAGCAAGUGAUUGAUUGUCUUACAAGAAAACGCGCCGUUAUUUCAAAACCACCACAAACAAUUACCGUCGUAGACGAUGAGUAUUCAACUGAAGUUUCGACGAAAGAUGUUGACGAAAUAUUUAACAAAAAAUUAAAAUCAGAAAAACGUAAAAAACGUCCCAGCGAAGACAGCUGCGAGACAACAAAGAAACAAAAAGUACACAAAAAAAAGCAAAAAGUUGAAAAAGAAGAAACUCCUCAAUCAGAUCAUAUAUUGAAAAAAGAAAAGGCACGUUCAAAGCGUUUGCGACAGAAUGUCUCGAAAUCUGAAAAAUUGCUAAUAUUUCCGACUGACAAUUUACAUCUUACGGAGAAUACUGAUCGUGAUAAUGCUUAUAUGAACGAUAAUUUGACGAAUAGGAAUCGUUACGCCAUAAAUGAUUCACUAACGAUUUUGGAAAGAAGAAAGAGAUUUGGAGAUCCAACGGUAAUAAAUGGAGUUCCAUUAAACAUGUCAAACUUGUCAAUAUUUAAUUCAUCAGUUACAUAUGUAAGCACAGAUUUUACGGCGUCAAAUUCGCGGGAUGAUUUUGGUUGCAGCUUUUUUUCUGACGCGGAAGAUUCGAAUUUGAGCACAAACUUAAUAAAUUCCAAUAGCAAACCCACGAUCAUGGAGAAUGCUACAAUGGAUACUGAAUCAAUUGAUGGAGGUGUUAACGAAGAUAUCGACGACGUUGCGAAUCUGUUUGUAAAUACAGCCGUAGAUAUCAAGGAGUAUGAUUCGGACGUAUCGCUUGUUUCGAGUGGGGACAAAUCACAUCCUAACUCUUCCUCGACUCCGAGCAAAAACGAUUUCAGGGCAGAACUGCCGUUUCAGGAUUCGGAAAUAACAUUGGAAACCCCGUCAAAAAUAAAGCCAAAAUUUUACAGUCUUCAAAAUAAGGUUAUAGCCAUAAUGAGUCCGUCUUGUAAAUUUUACUUCAACGGAAAAUUGCGCGUCAAAGUCUUGAUCGGCAAGGUAGAAAUAUACGGAUUUGUUUUUAGUAAAAGCGAAACCGUCGUGCCCGCCGAAAUUUAUUCCCCGAGAGGGGUGAGUUUGGUGAGCAUAGAGACUGUCUGCGACAAGAUCAAUGCGAAUACGAGCACAGAAAGCAUUUGCAAUUUGUUGAGAACGGAAGGAAUCAACAUCGACAUAGCGGAAAAUCUCGCAAAGAAACUGAACGAUUUUCCCGGCGGACAAGCGGUUGUGGUUUUGGAAAAUUUGGAAAACACUCUGACGAAAUUUUUGGACACUUAUUACCAGUUCAAACUGUUCCCAAAGGUCGAAGAUACGACAAAUUAUCACAACUUGCAUCCAAGAAAGGCGGAAAAAUUAUUGCAAGCGGUAUUUCAGUACGACAAUCUGCAGGGAAAGCAGUUACAAAAAGACAGUUAUCGCGAUUCGAAUGUAUUGAAACGACUUGUGAACCAGAAUCCGAACGAUUAUCAACGAAUAUUGAUUGCUGGCGGCAAGAGCGUCGGGAAGUCGACGACUCUGCGAUAUUUCAUAAACGGUUUGUUGCCCACCCGCAAGGAAAUCGUCGUCGUAGAUUUCGAUCCUGGUCAACCGGAAUUCACGCCGUCUGGAUGCAUUUCUUUGAGCUUGAUCGACCGGCCUUUAAUCGGGCCGAAUUACACCCACCUGAAAACCCCAUUUUACCAGCUUUUUAUCGGCGAAGUUGACGUGACCCGAUGCAUUCCACGCUACGUAAAUGCGGCAAAAAAAUUGGUAGAAUACCUGAACGAAUCGACGAGAUUACAGAACAGCACAGUCGUCAUUAACACGAUGGGAUUUUGUACCGGUGUCGGAUGGGACAUCAUAGUCUACAUUAUCAAACUAAUUCACCCUUCAACAGUCGUGCAAAUAGGUAGCCAUAGACCGCAAAACAACUUCUUGCGCCCGUUGAGCAGUAAAGUGAUCAAUGAGCAGAUCCCGAUUCUUUCACCAGAUCGUUUAGCCGGUCGUGAGGACGAAUAUUCACUCUGGGAUAAGGCUUGCGAUCACGAUUUACACGUGGUGCCGACGCUCGCCGAAUCGAAAGGAAAAUUCGGAGAUUUGUGGGAAAUCGGACCGCGCCAACAGCGCGAUCUCACACUGCUAUCGUAUCUCAGUAAAAUUCUGAAGUACGACGAGCUCGGAGAAAAGUUUUUAUUCACUCAGUCGUUGCGAAUCAACGAUGCAGUUCCCUACUCGGUACCGUUGUCAGGUUUAACGAUAUCGUUGAUGCGCCCGGUAGUUCCGGCUUCCCAUAUUCUGGCAACAAUGAACGGAAACAUCGUCGCCUUAUGCGGGAUCGAUGAGACCCAAGAGAAUUCUGAGGAGGCUCGUGCUGCGGAGGAAGUUUAUCCGAAAACUUUGCCGAGAGCGCCGUUAUCGACGUGUUACGGAUUCGGAAUCGUGCGGGGCGUCGACGUGAAGACCGGAAAGGCAUAUGUCAACACUCCGCUCUCUAUCAGCGAGUUACAAUCCGUAAAUGCCUUCGUCGGUUGCAUUCCGUUACCGGUAAAAUUGAUCGGAGGUUUGGGUCAUCGUAAUGCGCCUUACGUGAGUGAGGGGGUCAAUUUACCAACGAGCAGAGACACUAAUCGCAGAUUUUUCCGAAUGAGGCGUCACUAUGUACAUAGAUACUGAAUCGAGGGGGAAAAAAAAACAACAACAAGAAUUAUGUGCAACAUGGGGGGGGGGGGGGGAGGGCACAAUGGGUUCGAUUUGACGAUAUAUUUUUUGUUUGAAAUUCGCUUAUUGGAUUAAAGAAGUAUGGUUUACAUGUUUUAUUUGAUAAAUAACGAAUAGACUGUUUAUAUUAAUAAAAUAACAGGGCGGUUAUCAUUCAUAUAGUGUUUUGAGCAUGCGUAAAAACAAGACAACAAUUACCAUUGCACUUUUCGUAUAUCUAUCGUUAGAUAUGACUUAUAUUUAGAGAUUAAAGGUUCCUCUGACGAUUAGAUGUAAAAUAUUUCUAAAUUAUUUAGAAUAAAGUAUAGAAGAUAUUUUCAUGACCGGUUUUCAAAGUUCGUUCAUUUUUUUUUAUCGCGUCAAUGUAAAAUCGACAAACGUAGAGAUAUCAGUACGUUUAUCGGAAGUCAAUAAGGUUUACUCUGGCGUUUUUAAUAAAAAGAAAUAGCAGAGAGGUCGUAAAAUUGCAGUGAUCGUUUGCACACUCCAUGAUUGACCGAUCAAUUUUUGCCGUUUUGUAGCAGAAAGGUUUUUAACGUCAGUGAAAUGCCUUGGAAAGCCAAAAAUUAGCUCCAAUUCUGUUAUCCACAAAGAAUCAGGCGCUCCGUUCAUCAAAACUGGUUUCAAAAGUGAUACACCUAGAUACAUUGAUUAAAAUGUGUAAAAAUCUAAAUAAUUAGUGGAAACUUGAAGAAAAUGCUGCAUGAUGGACAAUAUCAGUUUCAUUAUUACUUACCUUGUUUCAAAGAAUUUACUUUCGUCGUGACUGUCUGUAUCUUUUUUACCAAAGCAUGGCGGUUGCAAUUUGGUGUCAAAACGCUUUGCAGAUUUUGAGAGGGGUCUGGAGGCGGAAAAUUUACCCCUAUUGGAAGAUUGCUCCAAAACAAUCUUGGCCGAUGUUGGGGUGAAAAAUCUGCGGCAUCUAUGAGGUAUGGUUCACAAUUGAGGGACCUUUGAAAAAAAAAACAUCAUUGUUACCUCGAUCUUCCAGCUCUAAAAGCUGUUGGUUUGAGUACAAAAUUCAAAAGUUCACCAAUCUUACUGAUUAAUUGCAAUUCUGUAUCGGCUCUGCAUUGAAGCAACAUUUUCAAAAAGCCAAAACAAGUGGUGACCUCCGUUUGCUUCAGUGACGAGGUUCUUUAUUCGACAGUACUCGAAAAAGAGUACUCCAGUUCCAUUCGGAUCUAGAAAAUGCAUGCAAAGUCGAAAUUUCGCAGCUUCAAGGUACCUGUAUUUUUAAAUACGAAAAAACCUUCAUCAGACAGAAGCGUGAUGAAAGUAUGUGAAAUGCAACUCACCGUUUAAACCCAAUCGGUUUGGAUUUGCUACGCUUAAGUCAUUGCAUGGUGAACCGCCGAUGAGUAAAUCGAUGGGUGCAAUCGAGUCUAUAACGUCCUGCGUUAUACUCCUGACAUCACCAAGCUGGUAUAUUUUGUCCCCAAAAUGUGCCAUGCUGACGGUUUGCGCAUCGGCGUCGAUUUCUGCAGCGUAAUAAUCUUCCACUAUUAUGCCCAGAUUUUCUAGCACUAGCAGUCCUGAAAAUUUAAUAUCCAACAUGCAACAACAGAUAUUUUAUUUCUGAUUUGGUAGCUCAUUUUCGUAAAAUAUGAGCUCAAUUACCUGUACUGAUUCCAUCAAAGAGUGACAGUACACGUAUUGAUUUUCUCUCUCUACUAUUAUCCCAUACUUUAUUCCAACUUGUGUCAAUGUUUUUGUGAAAUAGUUGACCCAUCCUUUUCUUCCAGUCUGCUCGUGGUUUGAAUAUUCGACUUUUCUCUUGUUUGUAAGAGUCGUCACAUAAAAAACAGAGCCAUGGAUCCUUGAGCAGAAUUUCAUCAUAGCUCGCUGGAGCUAUCAGAUACUUAAGACAAGCGGUGCAAUAAACUCUGAAAGUAUGUAUGAAAUAUUUGUUCAGCUCAUCACCAAUCGAAUAAUGUUAGGUACCUCACUUACCGAGGACAAUCGUAACUGUCACACAUGACGAUUGUGUCCGAACCGGCGCACAAAGUGCAGUAGAACUAAAAAUUGUUAAGAACAAUAAAAUUUACAAUCCGUUUUAUUAA